AUGGGCGGCACGGAAGCGGGGGGAGCUGUGAUGCUGGUGCCGGUGAGAGUGGACCAAGCAGCGAACGAGUGGUGUCUGCUGGAGUUUCAGGGGGACUUGAUUCGCUGUGGUGAUGAUGCGCUGGAUCUGCGGGACGUGGAUAUUGGGACACUUCGGUUCGGACCGCGUGGGGCGCUGACACUGCGGAUUGGGACGCACGUGGUGACUGGGAGAGUGCAAACGCUGCCAAAACCGCUUGCGAUUUUGCGGAAAGAUGCGAUGGAGGACGUUGUGGACGGGGCGACCGACGGCAGGGACGACGCAGCAGGGGGACGGAUCCAGUACGAAGUCGUGGGGAUUGCUCGCACGCGCGUCGUGUUUGCAUCCCGACCAAAGCCUGUACUCGCGUAG